CCCAAACUGACCAUGGAUCGGCUUUGAAUAUUUUUCUUUUCUUACCCACCUCCGAUAAUAAUAUAGCACGAUGGGCCUUGAUGUGGACAAAACAAAAAAAUGAAGAGGGAAAACACUUUUCGAUUUAAGAAUGAUUAUUGUACAAUUAGGGAGAUAUUCGUUUUCUUUUCUUGGCUAAGUACUUUUGCAAAUCAACAUGAUAUUUGGCUUUUUUGGAAUGCUAAAUUUACACCAUUAUAGUGCGGUUACCAGUAAGAAAGUUGAUGACAACUCAUUUUAUUCUCUCAUUUACUAAGCGAACAGCUUAUGGAUUCUCCCACUCCGGUUAGUGGCGCCGCUCCAAAGUGGCCACUGAUGUGGCCAUGAAAUCGUUCCCCACAAUCAUUCACUUUCUGAUGAAAUAAUUAAUCCUUGUCAAUUGGUCAGACUCACAUGGGUCCAAUGAGCAACUGUGGGCUAUAUAAUAUGCCUUUGUCUCAUUCCUUUGAGUUGAGCUUUUGGAUUGCGAGUUGUUGUCAAAAUCCUUAGCUAAAUAUGCCUUCAAAUUCUAUGCUUGCAAUAGCAACAUUCCUACUGAGAUUUCUGGCUGUGAAUUUAGACUUGGCCAUGUGUGCUAACUUCAGUGAAGUCUUCCAGUACAACUGGGCUCCUGAUCACAUUAUCUCUGAAGGAGAUCAGACCAAGUUAACUCUGGACAAUAUUUCUGGUUGUGGAUUUGAGUCUAGGAAGAAGUAUUUGUUUGGACAAGCUAGUGUGCAAAUCAAACUAAUUGAAGGAGACUCGGCUGGAACUGUGACUGCUUUCUAUAUGGCAUCAGAGGGGCCUAGUCAUGACGAACUGGACUUUGAAUUUCUUGGCAAUGUAUCCGGAGAGCCUUACCUUGUUCAAACUAAUGUUUAUGUCAAUGGCACUGGCAAUCGAGAGCAGAGGCAUUCUCUUUGGUUUGAUCCCACACUUGAUUUCCAUACAUACUCUUUUUUCUGGAAUCGCCGCACUAUCGUGUUUCUUGUUGAUGGAAUUCCCAUACGGGUUUUCACCAACAAAGAAGAAAAUGGGGUGCUCUUUCCAAAAAGUCAACCUAUGAGCAUCCGAGGGUCAGUGUGGAAUGCCGAUGAUUGGGCUACGCAAGGAGGGAGGGUGAAGACCAACUGGAGCUAUGCUCCCUUCGUCUCAACCUUUCGGUCUUUCAUUAUUGAUGCAUGUGAAUUGUCGCCAGAAACAGACGAUUCUACGGGCAAAUGUGGCAAAUUAGGACAGUUCUGGUGGGACAAGCCAUCUUUCAGUGGGCUAAACAGGCACGGGAGCCACCAACUUGAAUGGGUUCGUCGAAAACAUUUGGUAUAUGACUAUUGCAAAGACACAGCAAGAUUCACUGAGUUACCAAGGGAGUGUAUCAGUUAAA